ACCCACCUCUGGAGCACAGUACAGUUUGUUCCUCCGAGUUCAGAUGAGCUAUGGUGUUGUUUACCUUUGGGACCACAGUAGUGUCUACUGUGUACUUUUUCCUCUGACAAAUCAAAAAAUAUAUUUUUUCAAAGGUUGCCGGAUUUAGAAAGGAUGUUUUUUUAAAACACGCCAACAAAUGGCUCUGUCAUACCCUGGUACACUAUGGUGAAAAGCCCGUCACAUUUGACCUGUCCUCUGGAGUACACUCAGCUAGCUGUUAGCUAGCAAUUAGCUUCAAAGCUAACGUCAAGUUAGCAUUGGAGCGGCGCGAAUGACAACGUUCACAGUGACACAAAACGUCAACAGAAGACGAAUACGAUCCAUGUAACGUACGUGGUGGAGGAAAACACUUUCAUCUUUUUUUGUGGAGAGAGUUAAUUGGUGCCGCCCAAGUCCGCCAUGUUCCUGUCGACCACAAGCCGCCUACUACGAAGGAGACACACUUUCCUCCGUGACAUAUUUAACAUGACCUUCCAUUCUCCUUCUGGUAAGAGACUGCGAAUUCUGGUUGACAUGGACGGCGUUCUGGCCGACUUUGAGGGCGGGUUCUCGAUGAAGUACCGGGCUAGGUAUCCGGAUGAGCCCUACAUCACUCUGAAGGACAGGAGAGGGUUCUGGGUGUCCACGCAGUAUGGACACCUCAGGAGUGACCUUUGCGAGAAAGCCAUAAGUAUAUGGGAGUCCAAGGAUUUCUUCAAAGAGCUGGAGCCCCUCCCAGGUGGAGUGGAAGCUGUUAAGCAGAUGUCCAACAUGGACAAUACAGAUGUCUUUAUCUGCACUAGCCCUAUCAAGCAUUUCAAGCACUGCCCUUAUGAAAAGUAUGCGUGGGUAGAAAAGCAUUUGGGACAUGAAUUUCUGGAGCAGGUUAUCCUGACCAGAGACAAGACGGUGGUCAGUGGAGACAUCCUUAUAGACGACAAGCCUGACAUUUUAGGUGUGGAGACCAAACCCACGUGGGAGCACGUUUUGUUCACCGCCUGUCACAACAAGCACCUUCCUGUCAGGCCUUCACAGAGGCGCCUUCAGUCCUGGUCUGAUGACUGGAGGGCCAUCCUGGACAGCAAAAGGAAGUAACAUACCGUACGUCUUCAAUUACAAGCUCCGGCACCCCGGAUCCAAUUAAGAUUGCAUCACCAGCAGCAUUGCCUUGUAUUUGGCUGCCAGUGCUCACAGAGGAAAGCGUACACUUGAAGAUACUGUAUGUCUAAUGGACACGCUAAACACUCUAGUUGCUAUGCUAGGGCCUUGGUUGACCACAAGGAGGCACAGUGAGUCUGAAGCAUGUUUUGAUCACAAACAAAAAGAGCAGACUGAUCAUGCAAUGCCAAAUGUAUGUGCUUUUAUAGGUUAAAAUAUGCUCAUUUUGAACAGAUUUUAUCUUUUUUGCAGAAGUGCAUGAAUGAGCUACUUGACAAACAACAAGCACUCUUCUACACGCUCAUUUAGUCACCAAUAGUUGCCUGUCAUUCACGGAGCAGGAUGUGCAAUACACAAACCUGGACAAAUAGAUAAUAAGAUCAUUUUAUUUGCAUUUUUAUUUAAAGAGGUCUAUUUAUUUGAACAUAGGCCUUUGGUGCUCCUUUUUGUCUUUGUUUUAAAAUCAUCUAUGCAUUUUAGUUGUUCUGGAAAUGACAUAAUAACAAAUAUAAUUGCAUACACUAAUGCAUGUGAUAGUUUAGAAUCAGCCAGUGAAAAUCAACCAAUCAGGAACAUGGUUUAAUGUACUAAUGAUAUUAAAUAUACAGAUAAUUAAAAAAGAAGAAAUUGUUUUUUUUUUUAGAAAUGUGAAUGUUUUGCUCUCGUACUUUUUUACACAGCCACUCACAACUCCUUUUUUUUAUUGAAUUUACUUACUUUUGAAUUUUUUGUGAAAAAUAAGUACUGUAGGAUGUCAUCAUUACAAGAACUAUGUUCUCAAGAUGCCAUUCAGGUCAUUUUUGCAUAACAACGAUUUACCAUGUACUGGUAAAGUACCUUCACAAUGCAAACACCUGUUUGUGUUUAUUCAGCCAUGUUAUUUGCCUGUCAGAAACGUGUAUUCACUGAGAAGAUGGUUUACAAUAAAUGUCUGGUGUACUGUA